AACAAAAGAGGAAGAUUCGGCGGAAGUAAACAAUACAGGAGCCAGUCGCGUGAGCUGCUGGGUGUCCUGUGUAUAGAAGAAGCUUCUCAGCAGGAAAAUGACUCGUCUGAAUUGUAAUUAAGCAGCAAUGUCUUCAGUUGAGAGUUUGAGAGAGUUAAUCAACGAGCGACUAACUGCUGCUGCUGAAGAAAUAUUCCGAGUUUUUCAUAAAACUAUCGUCGAGUAUGAAACAGAGAUCGACCGUCAGCGCAGACUGCUGGAUAUCAUUUGGAAACCUGAGAUAAGGUUACAGAGAACAGAGCUCCCACAGCAACAUGUCUGGAAGGAAGAGGAGGUUCUGGCUGACCAGGAGAGGAACUCCAGUCUGGACCAAGAGGAGCCAGAACCUCCACAGAUUAAAGAGGAAGAGGAGGAAGUCUGCAGCAGUCUGGAGGGAGAACAGCUGCUACUGAAGCAGGAGACUGAAACCUUUAUGUUGACUCCUACAUGUGAGCAAAGCGACAACAGUGAAGAUCAGACUGUGGACUUGAGUCCUGAUGAAACUCAGAGUGCAGCAGAGGAAGAGCAUGUUGUCAGCAUGUCAGUUAAAAGCUCUGCGGAACCAGAACCAACCAACGAGGACACAAUCCACACAGCUGAGAGGCCGUAUACCUGCAAAACCUGUGGGAGAGAUUUCAGACUUGAACAUCACUUGAAGAUCCACAUGAGGACACACGCAGCGGGAAAAGAGUCUGUCAGAUACCAGACUUGGCUGAACGGCUGCACGUGUGGCAGGACGACCCAGAAUCCCUCAGUGCUGACCUGCCGGGGUCAACGGUGUCCCUGUUACUCAAAACGCAAGGCGUGCUUGGAUUGUAUCUGCCAAGGAUGCCAGAACUCCUACAUGGCCGACGGGGAGAAGAAACUGGGAGCCUUUGCUGUGCCAGAGAAACCUUUCCUCUUUGUCCUUCCAGAGCUCCCACAGCAACAUGUCUGGGAGGAAGAGGAGGUUCUGGCUGACCAGGAGAGGAACUCCAGUCUGGACCAAGAGGAGCCAGAACCUCCACAGAUUAAAGAGGAAGAGGAGGAAGUCUGCAGCAGUCUGGAGGGAGAACAGCUGCUACUGAAGCAGGAGACUGAAACCUUUAUGUUGACUCGUACAUGUGAGCAAAGUGACAACAGUGAAGAUCAGACUGUGGACUUGAGUCCUGAUGAAACUCAGAGUGCAGCAGAGGAAGAGCAUGUUGUCAACAUGUCAGUUAAAAGCUCUGUGGAACCAGAACCAACCAACAAGGACAAGCUGCUCCAUCACAACUCUCAUGUAGCUGAGAGCCGAGAUCACAAAGGAGGCAAACACGGAGACUCAGGAUCAACUGGAACACAGAAGGGACAUCAUGAAAACAUAAAUCACACUAACGACAAACACAAGCCUGUCACAAUAAAAAUUUACAAUACUUAUACAGGAGAGAAGUGUUUUGAAUGUGACACUUGUGGGAAAACUUUUCAGAGCAAGGCCAAAUUAGUAAGACAUCAGAAAGUCCACACAGGUGAGAAGCCGUAUAACUGCAACACCUGCGGGAGAAGAUUUAGUGAGAUGUCAAAAUUGAAAAGGCACAUGACAACACACACAGGAGAGAAGCCGUAUCCAUGUAACACCUGUGAGAAAAGAUUCUCUCUUCCGAACGCAUUAAAAGUGCAUACGAGAGUCCACACAGGAGAGAAGCCGUAUCCAUGUAACACCUGUGGGAACAGAUUCUCUCAGAUGGGCAAUUUAAAAGAGCACAUGAAAAUCCACACAGGUAAAUAAUCGUAUAACUGCAAAACAUGAGCGAGAGCUUUGUGUUGACGUUACAACCUACAUGAGAAGAAUCUGCUGCAGCAGGGAAACGAUUCUGUCGUGAGUCCAUACAAGCAGGUAGCUUUUUAUUUGUGGAACGUUCAGUUUGAGUGAUUGAUGGAUAAAAACACACAAGAACACAUAACGGCAGCAUGAAAACGAUCCAUAAACAGGUCAAACAGUUGAGCUGAAACUCCUGUAGGAAAUGAAUGUAAAAUAUUCUCCAUGAAGAAGAGGUCAGAAUAUCUUCAUGUAAGAUGUAAACGACAACAACACUCAAGUUUGGUUCAACUAAACUCUUGUUUUCUUUCUGUAACUACUAAUUUUAUUGUUUGCAGCGUUUCAUUGAUGGAGUUGUGGUGCGAUGUCGAUGGUCAAAGAAGGAGCCAGUUAUAGUUUCAAACAACAAGAAUCUUAAUGAAAUAUUUCAGAAUAAUCCACGUACUUGGAGUAGUACCUGAUAUUUACAAAUGAAGCCUCCUGCACGGCUUCCCAGGACAUCAGAGUUUACAUCUGAGAGUGACUGACAUCACUGUUUAUAACAACGUAGACAACUAGCAGAUCAGGGUUGUGAAUUAAUAACUUGUUAGAUUGUUUCUACAAACUAUUUUCAAACACUACCUCAGUUGUGUGAGUGGAUUGUGAGCUCUGUGAUGUUGAAACAGAGAAAACUUCUGGUGCUGUUUACUCACUUAAAGCUUUCAUACAACCGACUGGAGCCUUCUGGUCUGUAGCCUUUUAUUUAUAUUUGAUCAUUUUUCUGUAUUUUGUUCCUGGUUUAACUUGAGAUAAAAUGUUUGUUUUGCUGCUUUAGUGAUGACACACAUUGUAGACGAUGUGCUACAUGAUGUUGUCAAUGCUUAUUAUUAAAAAUAAAAUAUUUUUUAAUGAUG